AAUGGAGAUUUGGAGGUCUUUAUAUAGCCUUUCUCAAUCCCACCACUCUCACCUUUUGUGAUUCAACUUCUCUCUCAUUUUUCUCUUACUUAUUUACAACAUCUCUUCCGAAUUUGCCCCUCCUACGGUUUUUCUAAUUUUAAUCCCUCUGAAAAUGGCCGCGACCCUAGUUUACUCCGCCGGACCUUUCUCACCGCUUCUUCCUCACCCCAAGUCUACCAGAUCAUCAUUUAACGGAACCGCGCGUUUUCCCACCGGAGCUCCGUCGUUUAAGGCUUCUGCUCAGACGCUUAACGCCGAGCCGGUUCUAACGGAAUCCGUUCGUCGGCGAGUUUCGAGCCUCUACGAAUUACUGAAAGUGAACGAAACGGCUUCUCUGCCGGAGAUCAAGACGGCCUACAGGAGCUUAGCCAAGGUCUACCAUCCAGACGCCUCGGAAUCGGACGGUCGGGAUUUCAUGGAGAUCCAUAAAGCUUACGCGACACUAGCGGAUCCGACCACCAGAGCGAUCUACGAUUCCUCGCUUAGAACUCCACGGAGACGGGUACACGCUGGAGCUAUGGGUCGCUCGGGUCGGGUUUACACGUCCACCCGGAGAUGGGAGACGGAUCAGUGUUGGUAGUUUUGUUGCGGAAAAUGGCACUUUUUGACUUCUCCUUUUCCCCUUUUUUCCUUGUCACAAUUUUUAUUUUUCCCUGUUGGAAAAUUAAAGAGGGGAAAUUAAGUUGUUUUAUCCGCCAUUUCUGUAGUUUUUUUUUUUUUUUAACUUAAGAUGUUAACAACAAUGUAUAAAUGGAGAUUAUGAAAAUAGAGAGAGAGAGAGAGAGAGACAUGUAUAUUAUAUCCUUUUACUCUACUUUUACAAGGAUACACGAAAAGUAAUUAGACCAA